GCCAAGGAGCUAGAGGAACCCGACGCCCCUCGCUACUGGCCCCAGGAUCCAGAUGCACAGUGUCACUUGGCCAAGGAGCUGGAACAAUCCGACGCCCCUCGCUGCUGGCCUCAGGAGUCAGACACUCAGUGCCCCUUGGCCAAGGACCUGGAGGAACCCGACGCCCCUUGCUGCUGGCCUCAGGAGUCAGACACUCAGUGCCCCUUGGCCAAGGACCUGGAGGAACCCGACGCCCUUUGCUGUUGGGCCCAGGAGCCAGAUGCACAGUGCCACUUGGCCAAGGAGCUAGAGGAACCCGACGCCCCUUGCUGCUGGCCCCAGGAGCCAGACGGACAGUGUCACUUGGCCAAGGAGCUGGAACAAUCUGAAGCCCCUCGCUGCUGGCCUCAGGAGUCAGACGCUCAAUGCCCCUUGGCCAAGGAGCUGGAGGAAUCCGACGCCCCUUGCUCCUGGCCCCAAGAGCCCGACGUACCGAGCCUUUUGACUAAGGAGUGGGAGGAAUCCAACUCACCGUGCCUCUUGGCAGAGGAACUGGAAGAGCCUGACGCCCUUCCCUGCUGGCCCCAGGAGCCCGAUGCACCGUCCUUCUUGGUCGAGGAGUUGGAAGAGCCAGACGCCCCUUACUGCUGUUCUCAGGAGGUGAACACAGGGUGCCUCUUGGCCAAGGAGACAGAGGAGCCUGACGCUCCCCACCUGUGGCCGGGGAAACCCGAUGUACCGUGCCUCUUGGUCAAGGAUCCGGAGGAAUCCGAUGCACCUCGUUGCUGGCCCGAGGAGCCCGAUGCACCCAGCUCACCGUGUUUCUGGGGCAAUGAACCAGAGGAGUCCGACGCAUCUCGUUGUUGGUCGGAGGAGCCCCAGGUGCUGUGCCUCUGGCCGGAGGAGCAGAACGCAACGCUGUGCUGGCAGGAGGAGCCGGAUGCGCCCUGCUUCUGGCCGGAGGAGCGAGAGGAACCCAGAGUUCCAUGUCUCCAGUUUAAAGAGCCAGAGAAGCCCAAAGUCCCGUGCAGCUGGCCGGGGGAGCUGGAAGACUGCCGCCCUACGCGGGGCUUACCCCUAGAGCCUUUGCCCUCCGAGGGCGAGCUGCUUCAGGCAUGUCCCGGGCCACCCUCGGACCCAGGCCCGGCGUUGUCGCUGUCCAGCGAGCCCGGGACAGCCCAGGAGGAGGGUGCGCGCCUCAGGACGGUGUUCGACGCCCUGGACAGGGAUGGGGAUGGCUUCGUCCGCAUCGAGGAUUUUAUCCAGUUCGCUACGGUCUACGGGGCGGAGCAGGUGACAGACUUGACUCAAUACCUGGACCCCAGUGGGCUUGGUGUCAUCAGUUUUGAAGACUUCUACCAAGGGAUUGUGGCUAUCAGAAAUGGAGAUCCUGAUGGCCAGCUGCACAGUGUGGAGCCUGUCCAAGAUGAAGAGCCCCCUGCCUGCGCCGAUGAGUUUGACGACUUUGUCACCUAUGAGGCCAAUGAGGUGACAGACAGCGCAUAUAUGGGGUCUGAGAGUACCUACAGUGAGUGUGAGACCUUCACAGAUGAGGACACCAGCACCUUGGUGCACCCUGAGCUUCACCCUGAAGGGGACGCUGAUAGUGCUGGUGGUUCAGCUGUGCCCUCAGAGUGCCUAGACACGAUGGAGGAACCUGACCAUGGUGCAUUGCUGUUGCUCCCAGGCAGAACCCGCCCCCACAGCCAGGCUGUCGUCAUGGUGAUUGGCAGUGAGGAACACUUUGAAGAUUACGGUGAGGGCAGCGAGGCAGAGCUGUCCCCAGAGACCCUCUGUAAUGGGGAGCUAGACUGCGGAGACCCUGCUUUUCUCACCCCCAGGUAUCUGCAUCAGUCGGGUACCCUGACCAUGGAUGCCCUGGAGGACCCUCCCCCCGAGCCUGUGGAGUGCCCAGAGGAGGAUAUUGCUGACAAGGUUGUCUUCCUGGAGAGGCGUGUGUCAGAGCUGGAGAAGGAUAGUGCAGCUGCCGGGGAGCAGCAUGGCAGGCUGAGGCAAGAGAACCUCCAGCUGGUGCACAGAGCCAAUGCCCUGGAAGAGCAGCUAAAGGAGCAGGAACUCAGAGCCCAGGAGAGGGUCCUGGAAGAGACCAGGAAGCAGAAGGAGCUCCUGUGUAAGAUGGAACGUGAGAAGAGCAUUGAGAUCGAGAACCUGCAGGCCAGGUUGCAGCAGCUGGAUGAGGAGAACAGCGAGCUGCGGUCCUGCACACCUUGUCUGAAGGCCAACAUCGAGCGCCUGGAAGAGGAGAAGCAGAAGAUGUUGGAUGAGAUUGAAGAGUUGACACAGCGACUCAGUGAAGAACAGGAGAAUAAAAGGAAGAUGGGGGACAGGUUGAGCCAUGAGCGGCACCAAUUCCAGAGAGACAAGGAAGCAACUCAGGAGCUGAUCGAGGACCUCCGCAAGCAGCUAGAACAUCUGCAGCUCCUCAGACUUGAGGUGGAGCAACGACGGGGCCGCAGCAGCAGCCUGGGCCUGCAGGAAUAUAACAGCCGUGCACGGGAGAGCGAGCUCGAGCAGGAGGUCCGCAGGCUUAAACAGGACAACCGCAACCUGAAGGAGCAAAAUGAUGAGCUAAAUGGGCAGAUCAUCACCCUCAGCAUCCAGGGUGCCAAGAGCCUCUUCUCCACAUCCUUCUCUGAGUCACUGGCUGCAGAGAUCAGCUCUGUCUCCCGAGAUGAGCUCAUGGAAGCGAUCCAGAAGCAAGAGGAGAUCAAUUUCCGCCUGCAGGACUACAUUGACAGGAUUAUUGUGGCCAUCCUGGAGACUAACCCAUCCAUUCUAGAGGUCAAGUAGGACAUCUUAGCCCAGUUUGGGCUGAGUAUAGACUCCACAGCACCCCAGAGUGGCCAAGCCGACCAGCAGGUCCUACAGCUUACCAAGCCUAGAGAGUGUACCAGGAGCCCUCGUGCAGCUGGACUGGGAGAGUAAAGAUAAGGGCUGCAGAGGGCAGUACUAAGGAAGAAAGGGAAGUCCACAGCAGGUGAGGAGUGAGGCUGGGCUCCCUGGAUAUCAGGAAGCCAGGGCCUCCCACCACAAGCUCACCUAGCCAGCAACACCCAUGUCUGCUCAGCAGAAUACAAAUAUGUGGAGGAUAGUCUCUCAGGCAGGGAUGGGCCCCUCAAUGGCUCUGGCACACCCCUCUUCCUGCUGUGCACCCUGUUAGGAAGAGAGGUAGAAAAUGAACCCUCACCUCAGUUGCUGCCUCUCACUCAUGUUGACAUGGUGCCACCCAAGCCUGGCCAUUCCCACAUGGUAUGCAAGCUGAGGAUCCAUAAGUUGGACAUAGACGGAGUAGUUAUGAAAGACAGGCAAAGAUGACAUCCGUUGGGACUGGUCCGGAGCCACAGGCCACCUAUUCUCCUGUGCUGCUCAGGCCUUCUCCUACCAGAUGGGCUUCCAUUCACCUUUGGACCCAGGGCCUCCAAGCCACACAGCCAUUCUCUGACCAGACCCUCGCUACAGUCACUCGUCAGCUCUGGUCCUCGUGGGGCUGGGGCAGCUAGUUCAUGCUGACUGUGGAACUUACUUCCUGGACUGGUGAACACCCCAGGUGCAGGUGCUGCUUCUCCUCAGGUGUGGCCUACCCUGGCUCCUGGACCCACACCUCCUCAGGCUGACCAACUGCCUUGGGAUAAGUUGACAUUUCCCAGACAGUAGUCUAGGCCUCUGGGACAAAGUUUCCUUCUCUGCUUUUGACUUAAAAUCCUUGGGUGUCCCCCCAGGAGUCAUUUUGCUGGUGGGUAGGUGGACGAGGCUCUGCAUAGACCCAGAGGCAGAGGAAGGCUUGCUGCUUGCCCUUGCACCACUCCAAGUGCAGCUCAGGCCUGAACCUGAGCACUAGCCGGGAGUCUGGGCACACCGUGUGAGACCACACCAUAGGCUGUGUGAGUGUGCGUGCGUGUGUGUGUGUGUGUGUGCGUGUGCGCAUGCAUGAGUGUGCACACAGUGUGAAUGUAUGUACGCUUGUGCCCACACAUGCUGCCCUGCAUCCCUUCACUGCCUACCCCUCCCUCACACCUACCUUCUACACUACGGUUUAAGAUAUUGCCUCGUAUUGUACAUUUUGGGGAAAGCCUUGUGUGUAAAUCAGUGUAAACUUGGAGGAGAGAUUUUUCUAUCAUGUAGAGUAGGUAUUUUUUAUAGACUGAAGGUUGAUCAAUUUUUUAAUACUUUCCAGAGAGAAAACUAUCUGUGUAUACAUAUGAAAUAUAUAUAUAUAUAUAUGUAUAAUAUAUCAAUACUGGAGCCCUGCCUUUCUGUGCCCAGGUCCAAGUCCUGUGUAAGGGCUGGUGGCCUUCUCUGCUGUCUGCCCUGCGGUUCUCACUGUAAACCCAGGUCUCCGGGAGACACUGGGAAACACACCCAUUACCAGCUUGCUCACAGCUUCUGCUUCAGCUCCCUGAGAAGUAGCUCUUUCUCCAGGGCAUGGAAGGAUGGGGGACCAGCAGGAUCCUGUCCCAUGUGUCAGCCAUGACAGAUUAAAGCUGUUACCGCACACA